AUGCCAACCGGCUACCAGAAUCUGGUAGGCGAGCCGCCGACAGUGGAAGAUGCGCAUAGAAUUGCAAAAUGGUAUCACAACACUUUCAUGCCAUCGGGUGAUUCGAUAAAGUACGAAGCUGGGACGUGCCGAUAUGAUGCAACUGCUCGUCUUGCCGAGAUGGUCUCUAAGCGAGUUUUUGAAAAUGAUGCCGAUAGAGCAGUUCUCCUUUUCACCGUUUUCGUCGCUCUAAAAUGUAUUUCACGUAUUUGUUUUAGUAUACAACCAAUUCCUCGCAAAUGGGAUGAAGUGAGCUUGAUUUUAUUGCAGUAGGC